UUCCAUUCAAACACUCAUUCAAAGUCCCUCGUCGUGGAAUGUUCUAGAAUACGGAACCUCAUUCAAAUAUUUGAACGAUUUCGGCUCAUUUCUGAGGUCUCUGCUCUCGAGGUCUGAACUUCCUUCACUGAUCACUGCAAGAAGCUCUAAUCAAACUCAAUCCUCAUCUCAUUCCUGAAACUUGUCUCAACAAAUCACACAAUGUCUCAACAAAUCAGCCUCCCUGCCAAACUGAUCAAUGGUGGCAUUGCUGGCAUCGUUGGGAUCACUUGCGUGUUUCCCAUCGAUUUGGCCAAGACUAGACUCCAGAACCAGAGACAAGGCCAGCAAGUCUACAAGAGCAUGGUUGACUGCCUCAUCAAAACAGUACGAUCUGAGGGAUACUUUGGCAUGUAUAGAGGUGCUGCGGUUAAUCUUACACUCGUCACUCCUGAGAAGGCCAUCAAACUGGCUGCCAAUGACUUCUUCCGUUGCCACCUCUCCAAAGAUGGGAGAGGGCUGACUGUAUUUAGAGAGAUGUUGGCUGGAUGUGCUGCGGGCAUGUGCCAGGUUAUCAUCACUACUCCAAUGGAGAUGCUGAAAAUUCAACUACAGGAUGCUGGGAGACUAGCCGCUCAGCAGAGAAAACCAGGCAUAAUUCCACCCAAUAGACUGGUGACCACAAACGCGGUGUUGAGUCGUUCCUACAACGUGGUGCCCAACACCUCACCCAGAGCCGUAUCUGCCACCCAGAUCGCAAGAGAGUUACUGCACUCUCAAGGCAUUCAGGGGCUCUACAAAGGCCUUGGUGCAACUCUAUUAAGAGAUGUACCUUUCUCGAUCAUCUACUUCCCUCUCUUUGCAAAUUUGAACAAGUUGGGUAAGCCCUCCCCUGAUGCAGCUGCACCAUUUUAUUGGUCAUUCAUCUCUGGAUGUGUUGCAGGCUCCACAGCUGCUGUUGCCGUUAACCCAUGUGAUGUGGUUAAGACCAGGCUGCAGUCUCUGAGCAAAGGAGCCAACGAGGAAACCUACAGCGGCAUAAUUGACUGUUUCAGCAAGGUCAUGAAGCGAGAAGGCCCGUCUGCUUUCCUGAAGGGAGCAGGCUGCAGGGCUCUAGUCAUCGCACCACUGUUUGGUAUCGUGCAGGUCAUGUACUUCAUCGGCGUGGGAGAGUUUAUCAUGAGCCAGUCCUCACUAAAGCUAAUCUCUGACUGAACAGACCCCAGUACCUCUCAUACUGUGGCAGCUACACAACCAACUGUACAUUUACAAGAAAAGAUAAACAUUAAUCAAGAUGGUAGAGUUGUUGAGAGAACGACAACUUCUACUCUGGUUAAAAGUUUUUUCCAGCCUUACCGCACUUCCUCUAUGGUUUACAGGCUUAUUUGAUGGGCUGUGGCCAGCAUUUUGCACUUGUUGGUAAGGAUAACAUCUGGAGGAGAGCGCUUAAGACGUGCUUACCUUUUCUAGAAGCAUAUGUGAAAGUUUCCCCUCAAUGAGGGGAGACUGGUGUCACUGUAAUGACACUAAUGAUUUAUGUUGACUUUUUUCAUCUAUAUAUCUACAAUUCUUUUUGUAUUAAUAGUCUCCUUUUUCCUACUCAAAGUUCAUUUAUUUCUGUUUUUCUGUUCCUGCCACUGUUUUCAGUGUCUAAACAAUUGGGUUACUUAAUGCUUUUGAAGCUUUCAGACCUUGUAACUCUAAAUUGUUAAUAGUUUUAGGGAAUGUCAUUGACUUCCGUUUCGUUUCAUCAGAUGCACAUUUUGCUCCAGUUCAGUCUUUGAGCUGAUUUUGGGGACGGUACACAAGGUGCUGUCUAAAAUGCAGUAUGCAAUGACUACCUAAAACAGCCUAACAUGAUGCAUAUUGUAUUUAUGCAAUAUUUUGUCACUUUGAAGAUGUGCAUUUAUUUUUAUUUUUCCGUUAUGUGGUCCAGCAUGUUACAACUGUAGCUUCCAGGGAUUUCUAAUCACAAAGCAUAGGUCAUUAUUUUUUAGGUCAUGUGUUUGCCUUAAAUUAAGACAAACUCUUCACAAAGUUUGAGGAACCUAGCCUUGAGCAAAAGGCUGUAUAAGUGCUGUGAUGUUUGAUGACAGUAUUAACAUCUUCCUACAAUGACACCUCAAUGCAACAUGGUUUAAUGUAAUGGUAUAAUUCAACAUUACAAACAAAGAAUUAAAAAAAAAGUAUACUUGUGUGAGCUGUUUUAAUGUUGCUCAGGCUUUCAUGACCUGUGACCAUAUUUUAUUUCAAAGCCAUUUAUAUGCAACACAAUGCUAUGAAAGAGU